UGAACUGAGGCUGAAGUUGCUCUUGGGGAGAAAGCAAAGAAUCUGCCAAAACCUCGCACAAAACACAAGUGCUCAAAGAUCUCGGGAGCUGCUGAUCAGGAGAGACUCUACAAGCUGCAUUGCACCAGCUCUUUACCUUCAUUACGCAAAGAAAGCAGUCCGUUAGUUCUUGAGUGUUCACGUCACCUUGAAAUCAUCUCAGAAGUGGCGUCGACGCAACCAUGGCAGCUAUUGGGGCCGCUGUGCGGCUUUCUUCGCCCCUGACCUCCGGGCUUGCCUCCACCUCUGCGGCCUCUGCUUCAACUGAGGCCACAAGCAUGUCCGCUGCAUUCAACUUCCCCCCUCGCAUGCAGUCCCAGCCUAACUCCCUCUCCUUCUCAGCAAGAUUGCCAACUCCAGGGCAGACUGGGAGAACUUUCACCGCCCGGAUCUCAGCGAGUCUCAGCAAUGUGACCACGCACAGGCUGGAGCGGCAACCUUCCACGCAAAAACCCCCCACUCUCCAGCGGCAGCCAACGCAGAACCUUGGGAGGACAGGAUCCGGGAUCUUCGCUGGUAUUGAGAGAAAGCUCAGCAUCGGGAGCUACAGCCUGGAGAGGAAGGCGUCCAUCGGCCUCAAUAGGUUGGAGCGUUUGGGGAGUUCAGUUGGCAAUGGGGGCUUGUUUGACCACCUGGCUUCAGUCCCGGAGCAGCCCUGGGGGGGUUCCAGCAACUCCCAGCCUGCAAGCUGGCAUGCAGUCCCUGCUCCCCACGGUCAUGCGGAGCACCAGAAGAAGAUGGGGGUGGUUGCUUCUGCAGCAGCAGUUGGGGGAGCAGUCCAUGCAGGCAGGGCGGCAGCGCAGCGGCGGAGCAAUCUAAGCCACAGGCAGACAUCUGGAUCUUGGGGCCCCUCCUCCCUCCCCUCCCACCCUGAAAUGGAGGAUGGCGAAACCGGGGUCUACUUUGAGGACACCCCCCGUCUGGCGUAUGCUGGCUCGAUGAGCGCGGCACUAGAGUUUGACCCUCUGGAUCUUGGCUCCUCCCACCUCAUGUCCCAGUUGGAGAUCCAGAACACGCGCAGCGGGGUUGCGGAGAAGAUCCAGUCUGCCUACCAGGGGCUGCUGAAGCAGGACUGGCCGGUGUUCAUUGGGUCACUGUUCGCUGCCCCCGCAGCACUGAGCGCAGUGUUUGGGGUGCUGUACAUGCUGGACCCUGCUGGCCUUGCCCUUGAUGACAGUGUCGUCAAGUGUGCUGCCUCCUUUGGCUGCCCUGCCAGCACUGUCGGCACCCCCAGCCUGUUCACCUACCUCAACGCCGUCAUGAUGUCCAUGUCCAUGAGCACCGGGGUGGACCCCGUAAUGCACGCCGUCAGCCCCUUCACCAUGCUGGUCAGCCAGCUCAACGGCCUCGCCUCCCAGUGCAUGUUCGUCCUCCUCAGCGGCGCCGUCUUUGCCCGCCUGUCCCAGCCCUCCCAGCCAGUGGUGUGCGCAGAGAAGGCGCUCCUGUGCAAUGGUGCAGCAGACACAAGGGUCCUUGCCACCCGCUACGUCACUCGCCACGAAAUGGUAGACGUCCGCGUAUCCGCAACCAUAACCCGCACUGUGCGCACCUCCAAUGGCAGCUGGACCCGCACCGAACAGCCCCUGCGCCUCGCCCAGUCGGAAGCCGUCUACCAGUCUGAGGGGAUGGUUAUCCAGCACCUGGUCGACAGGAGCAGCCCCCUUUAUGGCUGCAGCGAGCAGGAUCUGAAGGAGCAGGACGUGGUCCUGCGGUGUAGUAUUGUGGGGCUGGACAGGGCCACGAUGGGGUCUGUGUUCCAUGUCGAAGAGUACAAGGCGAAGGAUGGGAAGCUGGCGCUUGCUAGAUAACGGUAGGGGUGACUGGCCACGAAAAUGUGGGCCAGUUUCUGUAAAGAAAUAAUUGAAACCGUUGAAUAGGUAAACAGGCACGCUUGUCAAAUGAUAGUCUAGAUUGGAUUGCUCGCGCAGAAUUGCACGCUUACGGCCUCUUGACAGAAUUGAAAGUCUAAAACCAGAGAACAGUUUGGUAAGUAGAAUAGAAAAGGAAAAUCACUAACUGAACAAGCACGCUGUGCUAUAUGAUAACGGAAAAAUGCUGAUAUACAUAAAUUGCAACUUCGCUCACUGCCGCCUC